CCUUAUUUCCCUCCAUACCCAUAUUUUUUUUUCUGGCGGGAAACCGAUAUCCAACUCUCACAGAAAAGAAAUGGCGGAACAACAACGAGAAGACGAGCCGAGUCUGGUUCAAUUAGAGGAAGAGUACACAGUGUGGAAGAAGAACUCGCCGUUCCUCUACGAUUUGAUCAUAUCCCACCCUAUCGAAUGGCCGUCUCUCACUGUCCAAUGGGUCCCACAACCGCCCACCCACACCUCGGAUUCAUCUUUCGCCGUUCAAAAACUCGUCUUCGGGACCCACACUUCCUCGGGUGUCCCUAAUUUUCUCAUGGUCGCCGAUGCUCACCUUCCUAGCAAAGCUUCUGAAGCCAACAUCAAUGGCGAUGCCGAAAACCCCAUCACACCUAAGGUGGAGGUGACGCAGAAGAUACGUGUUGAUGGAGAAGUGAAUAGGGCACGGUGUAUGCCACAGAACCCGGUAGUUGUGGGUGCAAAGACAAGUGGGUGUGAUGUGUAUGUAUUUGAUUGUGGCAAGCAAUUGGAGAAGCAACAAGGGGGUGACUGUGAGCCUGAUUUGAGGUUAAGGGGUCAUGAUAUGGAAGGAUAUGGGUUGUCUUGGAGUCCCUGUAAGGAGGGAUACCUCUUGAGUGGCUCGCACGACUGUAAGAUAUGUAUGUGGGAUGUGUCUGCUGCGGCUCAAGAUAAGGUGCUUGAUGCAUUGCAUGUUUACAAGGCUCAUGAAAUGUUGGUGGAAGAUGUAUCCUGGCAUUCAAAGAAUGAAAAUUUGUUUGGGUCUGUGGGGGACGAUUGUCAUUUGAUGAUUUGGGACUUGCGCACAAACCAACCCCAACAAUCUGUCAAAGCUCACGAGAGAGAGGUGAACUAUCUUUCUUUCAAUCCUUACAAUGAAUGGAUAUUGGCUACAGCAUCUUCAGAUACCACCAUUGGUCUCUUUGAUACAAGGAAGCUAAGCGUGCCACUGCAUGUUUUAAGCAGUCACACGGAGGAAGUCUUCCAGGUAGAAUGGGACCCUAAUCAUGAAACCGUGCUGGCAUCAUCUGCUGAUGAUAGAAGGUUGAUGGUUUGGGAUCUUAACAGGAUUGGAGAUGAGCAAUUAGAGGGAGAUGCUGAAGAUGGUCCUCCAGAGCUUCUAUUUUCCCACGGGGGUCACAAGGCAAAGAUAUCAGAUUUCUCAUGGAAUAAGUAUCAACCAUGGGUCAUUGCGAGUGUAGGCGAUGACAACACUGUUCAGGUCUGGCAAAUGGCUGAGAGUAUAUAUCGAGAAGACGAUGAUGACGUGCAAGAUGCUGAUGACUAAUUAUGGAUGUGGUCCGUUGCUCUAAAGUCAAUCUUUCACUUAGAGUUUUAGGUGGAAUAGGCAAUCUUUUACUUUCAGUUUCAGUUAUAGUUGCGAGAUUUAGGUGGAAACCAUAUUUUCAACUUUUGCUUGAAAUGAUCACCAAACUUGAAAAUUCUGUAGAUUCUGGAUUCCUUAAUAUAUUGACGUGUGGUAACAUUGUCAGUUUGGAACCAUCUUAGGUGUUGUGUCUUUUGGGUCAGAACAUCUUGGGGUUCCAUACUGUAGUGAUAAUUCUGUAUGUUCUUUUGAUUUA